AUGGCAUUUAAGGAGAGAAUUACAGUUCUGUUUCCAGAGGCAGAGGAUAUAGGCAGAUGUUCCGACCAAAAUGAGACCCAUAUCUCCAUUAAGGGUUGCAACAAUGUUACCAUUCAAAGAAGACGGAUUUGGACUCAUCCUGAACCCAUUGACGACGAUUCAGUAACAAGGAUAACAUGGAGAAAUCCUCUUAUAUCCAUUAAACAAUCGAGUGUCAUAGAACCGGCAUUAAAUAGUGGACUCAACAUCUACUUUAACUCCAGUAAUCGCUACAAGGAGCCAUAUGUUAAGACUCCUGUCUUUAAUCUUAUACACAAGGAAACAUUUGAACUAGAGAAAUAUCUAUCUAAUGUGUUAAAUUAUUCAAAUUUUGAAUGGAAUCCACAAGAUACCAAUUAUGAUAUUCUUAUUGAUAACAAAUCUACGACCCUUAUAGAAUACAGGACCCUGAGUGAGCAAGAUGAAAUAUCUUUUGGUAAAAGUAAAAAUGUUAAAAAGGAAGAAAUUGGGUUGUUUUACAUGGAUUCCUUUGACGAAACAGACGUUAAUCUUAGUGGAAUCAGGUGCAGUUGGAAAGAUGAGAGCCCUUUAAUGGAAAAAUGCUUGAAAACAACGCUAUUUUAUAAACCAGCAUUCAUCAAUAAUGGUCCUGAACUUGAACAGAGUGUCCCUAUUUCAGUUGAAGAACCUGUGGGUCUUCAUCCAAAGAUAAAUAUAGACUUGAGCACAUAUGAACAACUGGAUUCCUGUCAAUAUUACUUCUAUUCCCAAUUACCGUUGCAAAUAUUUGUGGAUAAAUUCCAAUCUUCCCCAAUAUUUGUAUUUGGAGAAGACGAUUUGGAAUUACCCACCUAUAAAAUUGCAUCAUGGGGUUCAGAAGUCUUAUUCGAGCUGAACCCCGAAGAAGUUAAUGAAAUAGUAUUACAUUCCAGAUAUGUAAAACCAACAAAUGAUUCUGAGACUUAUGAAAAUGUAUCAUUUACACCAAUAAUUUUACGUGCUUGUGAUACAUCGUCAAAUCAAUUGACUCAUAACCCAUUUUAUUCUAAGGGAUUCGGAUUUGAAGCUUAUUUUACCGAUAAUACUGAAUUUCAUAUAUUGAAUGAAUCAUCACUUGUUAUUCCUAUUCCAUCGCCAUCCAUUUCAAAUUACUAUAACGUCGAAUACACUACAAUGUGUUGUCUUUUCAUAUCCCUUCUCUUUUUAUUCUGGAAGAUAUUUAGAGGUGCUCCUUGA